CUUCCAUUGACGCGCAUUAAGUGAGGUAUCGUGGCAUCGAUUCAACCACAGACCAUGCCCAUGACCUCAGUACAGUUGCCGCCGCGCAAACGGCGCAAAACGCAGCUUGCCUGCAACCCAUGCCGCGCCCGCAAGUCUGGAUGCGAUGGAAUGCGCCCGGUUUGUGCAUCUUGUAUUUCCAAGGGUUGGCAGCAACGGUGCACCUAUCAAGAGUCCGUCUUGCAUGCGUCAUCAACACCGUCAAUAUCCCAACUAUCAAAGAGGUUGGAGCGUUUGGAAGAGUUGCCUGCAUCUCAAGCGCGCGGCGGACCGUCACGUCCGCCGCAACCCGAUCCCGGCCCAGAAACAGACACUUCGGGAGGAGCUCGUAAUGUCUUACCCCUGAAUACCGCCGGAUUAGCCACUCAUAUUGGCACAAGCAAUACCCGGCUGUCCGCUCAACUCUCAACGACAAACGUCGUUCAAUCAGCGUCACAGUCUUGUCGUAGUGAGGGCGAUGGCGACGCCAUAUACGGUCCGUCAUCCAACAGCUCCUUCCUACGACUUGUAACACAAGCUGCGGGCCCCAGAAGCUCAACCACCAAAAGUCCAGAGGAGCCGGCUGGCCUGGAGCCAGAGGAUGUCACCCCUACAGUACUCGGAUUCGCGAUAACAACGCAGCCCAAGAGUCCUGAUACUCUGCCGGACCCUGUAAUGCUGCCCGAGAGGUGGCUCGCCGAUAGCCUCCUCCGUUCCUUUUGGGACUUCGUCCACCUAGUGUUUCCCAUACUCCACCGGCCAUCGUUUACGGUAUCGUACGAAGCGGUGUGGCAGCCAUCUCAAAACGGACCUCCCAAUCGAGACUACAAGGACAUCGUCUUCCACGCCACCUUGAGCACCGUGCUGGCUCUCGGGUGUCAGCGGACUGAUCAGGUCUCUGUAUCAGAGCAAGUCCGCUUAGCAAACAGAUUCUAUAAGCAAUCCGUCAAGCUAGUUUCAGUCGACACGCUCGACCACUCCUCUCUGCAACUCGUUCAGCUGUUUCUGCUGAGGGGCGUCUAUCUACAUUACACGCAGUACGCGGACCGCUGUUGGAACACAGUAGGUGUCGCACUGCGAGUUGCGCAGGGGCUCGGACUGCACUCCCGCGGUGAUGGGCCAGCGUCAUCAGGAAGUCAACUCAAGAGGGAGAUGAGACGGCGUGUCUGGCACUGUUGCCUGACUUUGGACAGACUCACGGCAACCACCUUUGGGAGGCCUGUCCUUGUGUCUCGGCAGUAUUACGUCCCUCCACCGGAACCCAUCGACGAUGAGCACUUGUCUGAGAAUUCAGAGGGCCUGCAACCGCCGGAACGCCCAUCGUAUCUGGCCUUCUUUGUACACUCUGUUGCGCUGUUUGAUGUACUAAACGAGAUCCUAGCCAAAUUCUACACCGACGGCGAAUACGCCUUGGACAAGACACCCGAUUCACUCAGCCAUGUCUUGCAGCUUUCGUCAAAGCUCGACGAAUUGGGUCAUUCCUUUCCGAUCUACCUCAGAGAGGGCGCGGACUUGACGCAACUAGACGAAGAGCUACGAGGUUGUCUGCAGAUGCAGGCAAACAUCCUCAAGUCCAGAGUCUUAUGGAUCCGUCUUCUCCUCCUCCGUCCACUACUCUUAGCCGAAGCCAAGCACGGCAGCCGACUAGAGAAACCAUUCGCAACGGACACCACGCAGACACUCCGUGACAGCCUAGGACAUUCGGCCAAUUCUCUCUGCGUUUUGACUGCUCACAGCGUGCUACAGGAGCUUUACGAGAAGCUGGGCAGCGUCAGACAGAACUCUGCUUGGCAUGUUCUACUCUUCACCUUCGCCGCAGCAUCCACUCUGGUCGUCGCCACCCUGUGCCCCGAUCUCCAAGUCAACUUCGAAACAGAGCCGACGAAAUCGUCGUGGGAUCGAGCUUUGCGCAUCUUUGAUUUUCACAAGCAGCACGUCGCCUCUGCUAGCCGGGGUAUCGAAGUCUUGGAAAAGUUUCGCGCAUCUGUCGUGGCCGCCGUUUCGCAGCGGAACGCGGCCAGCGGGGCCCCUAACACCAACGCAGGAACAUACGAUCCGCCCUUUGAGCAAGGAAGCGAGCAGGAAGCAUUGCUCCCGUUUGGCUCUGUGCCUGGCAUGGGCCAGACGUCCCUGGCGCAGGACUUUGGCGAUUUUGCAGGCUCCGAUUUGCUUAAUGAAAGUUGGUUCAAUAUCCAAGGGAUAGAUUUGACAAAUUGGGGAAUCUUUCAAUAAACGCAAGACUCAUAGGGGCACCAAUCGAUUCCAAUUAGCACCUCUUCGUCAUCCAACUCCUUUAUUCCAGAGUGUGCAGGACUACUACACGAUAUUACUUCCCUCUGUUAGCUGACUGAACAUAGUCCCAAGGUGAUUGAGUUGUCAUUCCACCCAGGUCAUGGGUCCCAAUGAGGCACGAGAGUCUUCCCAGAAAAUCCAGGGGCACAUGGGGAAACUGAGCGUGAGAGUUGGAUAAGGCAAUAUUUAGUGCGGGCUGUCUGCCCAUUCAGGCUACUAUCAUGAUACUGACACAAACCUAUCUCAAGACACAGGAGCCUCAGAGUCAUGGAACUCGCCCAGCUUGAGCAGCU